AUGACUGAUGAGUUUGCAGCACUCUUUGCAGCACGUGCAGUGGCCAAGAUAUCGGAUCCGGUGGAGAUGAUUCCCACUUUUGAUGAUGAUGAGGAUGAUCAGCCUGAGCGACUAGGGAGACGAGGAGAAGCGGGUGAGGAGCAACAGUUACAGGAAAAUAAGAGAUUUUCGGCAUCUCUGGGGAAAGAGGAUAAGGGUAAUCAGAAGAACGCGGAGAUUGAAUCUGAGGACAUUGGUAAAGAUGGAAGUGAUAUGGAGACCGAUGAGUCUGAUGGAGAGGAGAGUUGGAAGGAAGAGGAAGUGGGAGAAGAGGAAGGAGGAGCUGAGGAAGUUUCCAAUCAAAAUAGUCCGACCCACAGUAUGAGCAUAGGAAUUGUUAAUAGUCAACCACUGGAAGAGAAGGACAAUGUUAAUGAGGAAAAGGAAAUGGAAAUUGAGCAGGAAAAGGACAAGGAAACUGAGUAG